CUAUCAGAUGGUGAUAUUUUAGAUUUUGAUAAUUUCUAAAGAAUACAUUAUAAUAGUGGGAGUAAAAUAUUUUUAUCUCAUAAAAUUAAGAUUUGAGAUGAUAAAAAGUUAAUUGCUUUUGAUAACAUGCCAAAUUACGCUAACUUAAUUAUUUGUAUCUUUAUUGUUUACGAAUGACGUGUAAUGUUUCCAACGGCGGACUCUGAAACUGAAGAUAUUACACAGGGCACGUCAUUGAAUAGAAAAACGAGUUUACUUAGCAAUGAGCGAGACUCAUCUGAAAGUUCCCAAGUGGCUAAACAGAACAAUUACCGGGAGUCAACACUUAAUAUGCUUAUCAAAGAACUGGUGAUUUGUAUUGCCUUAGCAUUAACAACAUACGGCGCUUUGCACAAUGCGCCUACAAGACUGUCGAAAGUUCCUCAACCAGUAAGAUUUUUCUAUUCAGAUUCAGUAGUGACUGACUGGUACACGGGCCAGCUAAGCAAUGCUCUAUCAUCUAUGAGUUCAGAAGAUGUAUCAUUUGUCAUGUACUAUGCACCAUGGGAUGCUGAGUCACAGUUUGUUAGAGGAGAGUUUGAAAAAGCUGCCAAUAUUUUAAGUGACAGGGUACAUUUUGCUGCCAUUAAUUGUUGGAAUCCAGGUAGUGAAUGCAGAUUGCAACAUAAUAAAAUACCAUCAUGGCCUGUUUUAGUGGCGUACACUGUCACUUCAAGAGGUGUUUUGUACAAAGGACCAAGAAAUGCAGAAAGCAUGGUCAACUUUUUGGAAUUAGUUAUGAGACCGCUAGAAAAAAUAUCAAAUACCGAGGACCUCGUUAAUUUAUUGUCUAUAUGUGAUGCAGUAGCAGUAGGAUUUACUCCCUUGGGAGGCAAAUCUCGAUCUUACAACAUAUGGUACAAUGUGGCACUGAAAUCUUAUGAAUUUGACCCCAUUGGCGAGAUAUGUUUUGGCGUAGUUACUUCGGAGGAACUGGCAUCUGAUCUUGGAGUUGGAAAUUUACCGAAUGCCAGACUUAUGCUGUGGAAUGACACGAAGGAAUACAAAUCAGAAGACACAAAUCAAUCGUGGAAUGAAACGUUUCUAGCGAAUUGGGUGUUAGAUAGUUUUACACAACCUGUUGCCAGAAUUAUUCCCAUGUGGAAGAAAUCUUUUAACUUCAAUAGAUAUGCAGAUGGCAACCCCAUGUUAAUUCUCUUCACUCCUCUUAAUCCACUUUAUGAACAAUUACCAUCAUAUGCCUUACUACGUGAAGUGGCAAUGGAGUAUUAUAACUGCAAAAACAAUACGAGUAAUCAAUGGACAUCAGAACUUAUAAAACUGCAGCAAGUCAAGAGAUUACUGUAUCAGAAAAAAAACUUUUUAAAAUUUUGCCAAGACUACAAAAUUAAAAAACCCGUCAAAAAGCCUAGUCCACAGUAUAGAAAGGCAGUUAUAUCACACAACAAUAAAUAUCCUUGGAUUAAUGAUACACAAAAGAAUCCAAAGACUGGUAUGGUGAAUUUUCUACUGAAACAAGGGAUGGCUAUAUCCAAAUUUAUCGAGAGUUCCAACGAUAAUUCUGCACUAUGGUCUACUUUAGGGUUUCUGGAAAAUUGUGGUGAAAGUUCUUCUCAAUCCUUGCCAGCUGAAAAGAGUUUUUAUGAAAAGUAUGAGAGGUGUCAGUCAUUUGAAGAGCAAUUGAACAAUGACCUUGAAAUGGAACAAGAAGAUGUGCAAACAACAAUGCUACCCUAUGAUGACGACCCGUUAUCGGCGGAGAACCUAUGGCAUGACAACGUGAAACAUUUCUGCAGGCGGAUGCAAUUCGCCAAUAAAAUAAGCCCGCCCGUGGCACCUUCAAAACUGACGAGUGGGAAUGUAUCACACAUACACGGGCUAUCUUGUGACACUAACUAUACUUUAUACAUAAUUGCUGUGGACAGCUUAAGAAAUUAUCAUUUCGCAGAAGCUCUUGGCGUUGAUAUCAAAAACAAAAAAGAUAUGACCGCUGUUGUUAUUCUGGAUAGUAAGCACGAAAGUCAGUAUGUUCUAUCAGAAGAAUACAGUGCCAAAUCAGUAAGAGAUUUCAUUUACAACUUCACGCAGAAGAAAUUAAAGCGAACAUUACGGUCGUACGUAGAUGAUGCUAAGCACACGCACUAUUUUGGCUCGCUCGGUAAAACUGAGCCGGACGGAAAAAACGAAAGUGCGGUUCAUAUUAUAGAUCUUACUACGCAAACGUUCAGAGAAGUUGUGAGGACUCCAGGGACGGUAACCCUGGUGGCCUUGUGUGGUGGCGGCUGCAGAGCGCUAGUGUCGCUUGCACUUGUACACGCAACUCGCGUGUUGCGUGCGUGCGGCGUGCGGGUGCAGGCCGCUCGCAUCGACGCACUGCGCCACGACCUGCCGUGGCAGUACACGGCGCACGCGCAUCCAACAAUACUCGUGUUCCCCUCACAUAGGGGCGGCGAGGCGGAGAGCCGUGCUUUCCCGAGCAGCGAGCGCGUAUCAGGUAGCGGCGUGGUGGCCCUCGCUUUGCGCUCGUUGGGUGCGCCCACGCACCUACGCGUCAGUCUUGCACUCUGCAGGCACCCGAAGUUAUCCUCCGAAAAAACAGCGUGCCUGAAAGACAUGAGGGAUCUUGUAACUACGGCCAUCAGUCGCAACCUGAAGUACUGGCGACGAACAGAAGUGAAGGAACUCCGAGAUUCUCUCUUCGGAAGACUGCAGCAUCUACACGACGUUGCACUACACCUUAGCCUCUUUCACAUCACUGAUCUCAAGCAAAAUAAUGAAAAACAAAAGACAUUAUUACAGUCCUUGGACAUAUUGUCCAAAAACUGGGACAUCGAUGAGUCGCUUUUAAGAAGAAACGCCAAGCCUACACCAAUAACUAGAUGAUAUUAUCUAUACUUUGUAAAUAGUGUAUUUAUUAUAUUGCUCAUUGUAUAUGUAUGUAUAAAUACGUUGUUUAUUUUAAGAUAAUAAAAGUGUUAUAAAAAUGUUGCUGAAAAACUUCUCGCCUUUUGUUUUUU